CGCAGCUAAUGUAUCUCUGACAUUUGCAGCGCACUGCAGUGACGGGUGAUCGGCUUCUGUGGCCUGGAGGCAAAAUACCUUUCGUCGUCGAGUCAAGCCUUGGUCGAUACACGGGGAUGAUUCAGCAGGCGAUCGACGAGAUUGAAAGCAAGACUUGCGUACGUUUCAUACCACGCACCACGGAAAGGGACUACGUGACCAUUUUCCGUGGAUCAGGGUGCUACUCAGCCAUCGGCCGCAUGGGGCGCGCUCAACCAGUAUCGCUCGGCUACGGCUGUCUCUACAAGGGCACCAUGGUGCACGAGCUGCUGCACUCUGUAGGCUUCUACCACGAGCACUCACGCUCCGACAGGGACAUCUACAUCGACGUGUUCACGGAAAACGCGAAAAAAGAUGCUGUGCCCCAGUUCGAGAAGUUGAAGUCAUGGCAGAACCGCCUGCUGACGCCCUUCGACAUGGAGUCGGUCAUGCUGUACGGCUCGCACGCAUUCGCCAGGGCGCCAGGACUUGUCACCAUGCUGGCCAAGGAUGGCGGCCACCUGACGGAGGUCUACGACAAGCCAGGAUUGAGCGCCUCCGACGUUAUUCGCGUCAAGAAGCUCUACAACUGUUCGGAUUAAAAGGACU